AAAAAAAAAAGGCGUGUGCACGCCACAAUUACAUUUUUAUUUUAUGUUUCAUAAUUUUCUGGGUUCGGUUCAUCUUCCAUGUGAUCUUGCAAGUGAAGGAGGAGACAACAACAAACAAACACAAUUUUUUUGUAAUUUGUUACUCAUUUUGUAUAAUUUUCUGUACAAAAAGUGUAAUCAAAAAUCAAAAAUUUUUCCCACUUCCAAAAAAAAAAACCUAGUUUAAUUUAGUUUACUUUGAAGUAGAAUUAAUUGGGAAAUUAAUACUACUACUAAAGUAUGGAUCAGUGGCAAACUGAUAAAGUUUGUCAACCUCUUAAUCCAUCCCAAAGUUCCCAGUUUGAUUCCAGACAAAGGCCUGAGGCAGAAGUAAAGGAUCCUGUUGCUGUACGAAAGGUUCAGAAGGCAGACCGGGAAAAGUUGAGGAGGGAUCGAUUAAAUGAUCAAUUUCAAGAGCUUGGUAGUGCUUUAGAUCCAGAGCGGCCUAAGAAUGAUAAAGCGACUAUCUUGACAGAUGCCAUCCAAAUAUUAAGAGAUUUGACUGCUGAGGUCAACAAACUAAAAGCUGAAUGUGCUACCCUCUCAGAGGAAUCACAUGAGUUGACCCAGGAGAAAAAUGAGCUUAGAGAAGAGAAGGCAUCCCUGAAAUCAGACAUUGAGAACCUCAAUGCUCAGUAUCAGCAGAGACUCAGGGUAGUUUACCCUUGGGGUGCUGUUGAAUCUUCCGUUGUUAUGGGGCCACCUUACUCAUAUUCGCUACCUAUGGCAGUGCCCCCAGGUUCAAUUCCAAUGCACCCAUCUCUUCAGCCUUACCCUUUCUUUGGAAGCCAAAAUGCUAGUACAAUUCCUAGCCCCCACCCAGCUUUUAUGCCAUACCCAACGCCUCCAAACCCACAUGUUGAGCAACAACCCAUUCAGCCUGCAUCCACUUCUCAUGUAUUGAGCAAACCAAUUAAAGGUUCAGACAGUGGAAAAGCCAGACACCUUGAAAGAACUGAUGAUUCCAGUGAUGUAGCGACAGAGCUGGAACUGAAGACGCCCGGUUGCGGGCAGCGUUAGGAAUCUGAAGAUAGGAAGGGCAAGCAUUCACAAAAGAAGAAAAAAAGUGCCACGGAUGGAGGCUCUCCAAGUAGAUUUUCCUCCAAUCAAGGACCUCAAGAGAGUUCUUCCAACAGUGUAAGUCACAUUCCAAAGUCUGACAAAUGAAGCAGUUUCCCUUGUCCUUUCUCUUGAAUCUUGAUUAGCUGCUAACAACAUUCCGGAAAAAUUCAACUAUUACCAAACAAGGAUAGAACAUUGGGCAAGCUUGGUUGUGGGAAACAUAUACUCCCUUACAUGCGUUACCAUAGUUAGAACCUGACUUAGAUCAAUCUGGUGGCUGUGGCAAGGCUUGUUUUGACGAUUCAUUGUUACUUUGUCUGUAAAAAUUAAUCAUAGGGACCUAAACUAGCAUCUUUGCAAUAUUGCCUGUAAAUUUCAAAUUUGAUACUUCGUGUAUUUGUAGUUUUCAUGAUUCCUUAUGGAACGCCGUGUGCAUUUCAUAGUUUACCUGAUACUCUGGUUCGUCCUC